AUGGCAUUGGAUCAACAGCGGAACUGGGACAUCUCAAUGGCGGAAAACCUCAAAAAGGUUGUUCGGAGCAGCCGCGAAAAGGAACUCCAGGACAAGACCAGAAAUACACAUACACAUCCCGCUCUGCCAGAGAAGGAAUGGGGACCGCCGAUACACCUGCCAGAUGAGAUUCUGGUACAAAUUCUCGACUAUGUCUCCACCUCGUACUACUCACAGACAACUCUGGCUUCAUGCUGUCGGUUGUCUCACCAAUGGUUCACCGCCGCAGUACCUUAUCUCUACCGCCAUCCGAUACUCUAUGGCAACAAAUUCGAUCCCUUCAUCAGAGCGAUAUGUCCAUCCAAAAACCUUCACGUCCGGAAAAGCCCUGUCGCUGCUCUUGUCAAGGYGCUAGAUAUGAGCGGCCUUGUCCAUCAGGGAUCAAAGAGUGUGACUGCGCGCCUGCUUAGUCGCACAAAGGACAACCUGGAAGAAUUCGUCGCUCCACAGGCGAGUUUCGGGUGGAUUUGCCUACCAUCCUUGGCCAAGGCUCCCAACUUGCGAAGGCUAGACUUGUCGUUGGUCUCGGAAUCUCCGCCUCUUCUAGAUCUAUUCAAGGCGUUAUCGCAUCUAAAUAAGCUCAAAACGCUUCGGCUACCACGGUCUGCAGGAUUCAGUGUCCAUGUUGAUUCGUCACAAGUGUCAUGGCCACCGAAUCUUGAACAUCUCUGCUUGAGUGGAGGCAUAGACAACCACUUCCUACAUGGUGUUGUAGAGUUGCCAACAUCUCUUCAAGGCCUCACCGUGGAACACUGUCCUAUGCUGCACGGCUCUGACAUCAUCCACUUUCUAAACAACGCCGUWCGUACUCUCCMCAACGUCGAAGUAUUGAAACUAGCCUCACUUCCUCGACUCACUGAGUCAUCGCUGGACUGCAUCUUGAGUAUCCUCCCCGGUCUCACGAAGCUCAGCAUCAGCGUCGACUACAUCACACCGACAUUCUUUGACUUGGCGAACAACCUCGAGUACAAAGAGUACUACGCUGGCAAUGUUGUUCCUCAAGUCGGAAUGACCCGGCAUGAAUGGCACGAUGGACAAUUCUCGCAGCUGCGAACGCUAGAACUGACCAAUUCUGGCAAUCCGGGCGUUGAAGACAAGAUCUCGCCUAUCGACAUACUCAUCGCGAUUGACGAGGGUCAAUUACCAAACCUGAGGCAGGUCAGAGUUGCGAAGAGUUUGCUGUGGCAUGCAGGAGGCACCGCGGCUGACUUGGAGGCGUUGUCUGAUUCGCUGAAGGAGUCUGCGACUGCGAAAAAUGUCGUGGAUCUGGCAGAUGUUGGGGUCUGGACAUUCGAUUGA